AUGAGAACAGUUACGCAGUUGUUCUCACCGCUGCUGUGUUGCUUCGGCGUCCGGACCGACGAUGAAGACCAUGCGGCGUCCAAUCUCGGAUCACUCCAGAAGCCUACCUCAGUUGUUUCCGUAGCGUUACCCGCUUCCACCGUUCCUCAUUCCUUAGGUCAUUCCGAUUCCACCUCGGCAGAUGUAGAUGCCUUACGACAAAUCUUCAGGUCCUCUUCGUCCGUACGUGGCUACCGGACCGCUUCCAGGACUACUGACUCGUCCAUUCCGCAACAAUCCUCCUUCAAUGCAGACUUCAAUCCACAAGCCAAGCAGUCAUCACAUCGAAAACAGUCAAGCCGUAUUGAGCAGCUGGGAAAUCACAUCAAACAGAAGUUGUCGGAAUCAGGGCUGAGCAAGAGCAGUUCCAAGGCUCACAUGGCAUCUCAAGAUGCUCCUUGUGAAAUGCCCUUACAAAGACAAACACUCGCCCCUCUGGGCGUGGAAGAGACGAUGGUCGGACUGAGUCAGCGCUCAACAGGUCUGCUUGAGUUGCUAAUGUCAAGAACAGGCAGUGAGGGCGGCUAUGAUAGUGAUGCCAAAAGCAUAAGUACGGCUGUGCUCAAGAGCAGUGAUGGUACAAUCAGGCUCAGCCCUCAGCGAGCCAAGGCGCUGUUGCAAUCAUCUCCGGAGCAUGCCUCACCAAGGAAAGAGCUACCCGAAGAUGAACAAACUCCUCAGACUUCUGGAGAAACACAACCACAGACCAAUACCGCUACUCCAAAAUCACCUUCGUCGUCGCCAGGAACCUCGUUGACAAAGGUAUUGUUGGCCCAGCAGGACGAGUCACCUACCAAAGUCUUACUGAAGCUCAACGAAGGCGUCACCAAUGGCACCAUUACAAUACCGAAGACGCCUGCGGUUACCGAGACCAUGAAUCCGAUGCAUCGUGGCUCAAAGGCCAUACACGACUCCAAUGGGUCGCCGUCGAGGUCUGAAGCACGGCUUCAGCAUAACUGCACGGAGGUGACCGACGUGUUGAAGAAGCUGAACAACACUGUUGGUGCGGCCAAGCGCCAAAGUCUUCUCUCCAACACGGCCGAAACCCCUCGAGAUAGUCUAGUCUCGACUCUGGAUCCCAGCUUGAUUGAUUUUAUCUCGAAGUAUGGCGAGCGAAGUUCGAUAGAGACUCGCAAGUCAAUCAGAUUGAAGAAUGUCGCUCGUACGGACAACCUCAACCUGCCUGGCAGGGACGGUUACACUUCGGGGGAAACCUCAAUCCUCGGCAAAGAAGAUACGUCCGGCAAAGAUGUCGCCUCCCUGACUGGAUCUGAGCAGAGCUUGCACCUAUACAACAUGCGAAUCUCACAGAGGCUAGCUAGCCAUUCUUUCAACGCUACGAGUUCGAGGCCAAACACCAGUCACACUGUCACGCAGCACUCCCACAAAAGCUCCAUAGACGCCCGACCUACUACCAGCCAUACAGCUUCCAGUGGCAAACUCCCUGGUGCCAUUGCGAUUGAACACAACCGACUUCCGUCUGAUCCUGAGACUCGUCGGUUGUUUGAGAAUGACGAAAACUUGGUAAGACCACCCUCUAGCUGGAGGUCAAUGACCUCUAGCAACAUGUCUGAAUCCAAAAGGCCAAAAUCAAGCACGAGUCAUGGGAAGGCUUCCUCUUUCUAUUGGAGUGAUGGAGAGACUGGGCAUGAAGCUCUCCAACCACGCAAGACAAGCAACCCAAAUAGCAUCGCCAUUGGUGGAAGGUCAGAAUCUGUCAACCUGCUUGUUGGAUCUCCGAGUUCCACCAUGAGCCAGAUGUCCAAUGCAGAGGAAAGCGCUUGGUUCGGUGGGAAGCCGUCACAACAACAACGGAGUUCAGAGGAUCAAGGACAACAUGAUGGCCCCAAGCGUGACCGAAGCGUCAGCAUGCCAAGUAGGGGUCUGUCGGACUCAGAGGGUCUACCUUAUCUUUCUGGGAAAAAGCCUGAGCGAUCAAUCGGAGCAAAUGAAACCUUGAGUGUGAUCAGUCUCGAUCGGUUGGCUGAUGCUCGACGUGAGAAAAUGACCGAAAUCAGCACUCAAGCUGUACAAGAUGUGCGAGAUGAGAGAAUGAGCGAGAUCGAGCCUGAAAAGCUGGGGAUACCGAUAAGAGUUGGACAGGAAGGUGGAAGUCACCGACUAUUGUUCUGGUCUAGAUCACGACAAAACUCGGCCACUUCUGAGAUCCCACCUGAAGCGAAGCAACAUACUUCAGAGAAUGGAGGCUUGUCGAGACAGGAGUCGAUUUCAAUUGGACCACUACAGGAGUCUACCACUGAUAUGUGGCGCAGAACUAUGAAAAAGGCCAUUCGAGAUCCGGAGGAGGAAUCGUUGGGUGGUUUUCUUACCGCGCCCAGAUUUGAUCGUGAGGGAAGGCGAAGAAGCACGAGAUCAAGUAUUAGUACAAUUGGGGCAGACAAAGGUGAGACAGCACACGACGCAACCUCACCACUACCAGGCAGCAACAUCACGCAACAAGGGCCACAAGAACCACUUGGUGUCAAAUCACAUCUGGAAGUCUGUUUCCAAAGACCUGCUCCUCUACCAAAUGUUAGCCCUCGACCAAGCAUCACGAUGAUGCCUAUGAAGCCUGAUGCAGCUAUGGCUAUCAAUGAGAAGAAAAGGAAAAAGAGCCUGCGGGACAUAGGUCGGCGGUUUACUGCAUCUGGCGAUGAAGAGCGUGGGUCAGGUGCAACCACGCCCCUCAGAGAUUUGCUCGGGGCCUGGGGACGAUUCCCAAGUCAUACGAGGAGUGAAAGAUGUGGUGCUACUGGCACACGAGAUGGUGUGACAGCACUAGACUUUGCUGCUGCAGAACCACAUGUGGAUACACCAUCGUCCUUGCCUUUGUGGAGCAUGUCAACAACUGGCCUCGGAUUUCGGAGUCCAGGGUCAUGGAGAGUCCCGUCUUUUGGCAAGAAAGCACGCAUCGACAAGGCCAAAAGCAGAAGCAUGCCCUUCUCGAGGACUUGGAAUCAGUCCUUGGAAUUCCGCGCCAAGAAGAGCCGUAAAGGCCUUGUCGGUCGAUGGAAAAGGAUUUACAGAAGCAGCAGUUCUGAUUUAAAGGCCUAUGUUGACCACUACGGCCAUCGAAGCAGUAUCAGUGUUGGCGCAAGCGUGGAGUAUCCCGAGCUGGAGAUCAUUCCAGGCCUUGGUCGCCUUGAUGUUGGUGACUUCUCCUCAUGGCGGUACGACACAGAUGGCACAGAUCAACAACAUCAUCGUGAAGAAGCGAGUCAAUCUCCGAACGGGCUGCAACAGACUGAUACAACCUUAGACGCGCAGCCUUGGACACAGAUGUACAAUGAUUGUGUCAGUCUUUCUGGGCUGAGGCGCGACGGAGACGUACGCAGCAUGAGUGCUGACGAGGAGACGGGCCUUGGUGAGAAAGAUGGACUUCACAGCAUGAUCAGUACAGAAUUGAGAAACAGCACAGCCAGCUUUGGAGUUCAAGUUGGAAAAGAACUGGAGGUAGUAAGAGAAGGCUUGAUGAAGAGGGUUGAGAAGACGGAGGUGGAAAAAAGAGAAAUACAAGCAGGUUUAGUGCUGUAG